UCUGAACGUAAUAGUUAGGUCGAAUACGUGAGAGUUCGUUAUCAACCGGUACUUUGCGCAAUUUAAUACCUAACAAUCGUUUCGAUCUGUUGAUAUGAUAAAUUAGCAAAUCUUUACUAUCAAAACACAUCACACUUCACAAACAAGCCAUAAAAAAAUACAAACCCUUACCCCAAUGUACCAACUGCCGACACUGCCCUACAAGUACGAUGCGCUUGAGCCACAAAUUGACGAGAACACGAUGAGAAUACACCACACCAAGCACCACCAAAAGUACAUUGACAACCUGAACAACGCAUUGAAGAGCACCAAAUAUCCAGAGACCACCGUAGGUCUUCUUCUCAACCUGAUUAAGAAGACUUCCGAUCUUGACACUAGGCUCAGAAACGUGCUGAACUUCAACGCUGGCAGUCAUUACAAUCACACGAUGUACUGGCACUGCAUGUCAAGCGAACCGGCACACAAGGAAAUGAUGAGGCCGCUGCACGACCAGAUAGGAAGGGACUUUGGUGAUAUGAACCAGCUUAGGGAGAAGUUCUUGGGCGAGUGCAUGGGUAUACUUGGAAUUGGCUGGCAAUGGCUGUGCUAUAAUAGCACCGACAAGAAAUUGGUGCUCUACACCACGUACCAGCAGGACAAUCCCCUGAUAAUGAAGGACAAUCUCUUUCCCAUUUUGGCAUGCGAUUUGUGGGAGCAUGCCUAUUAUCUCAAGUUCAACGCGAACAAGAAGGACUUUCUUGAUGGAUGGUACGAACUAAUCAACUGGGAGAAUGUUUCUGUGUUCUAUGACAUGGUGGUUGAUGGCAAAAUCGUUGAUUUCAUGCACGAUGGAAAGGUCAAUCUGUUUGAGAGUGCUCAGAAGUAAAAUAAGUACGUGUUAGUCUUAAAAUUGUGAGUUAUCGCUUUUUUGAUGCGGUUCACUUAAAUUACAGAAGCUUUUACCACCACGUACGCUUACUGUUCUGGACAGGUAAUUGAUGCUCAGCAUGAUGGGGCGUAGCGUUCGCACAGUUUUGAUAAUUUGUAGAUCAUCCUUCGCAAAGUUUUGGUAAUUUGUAGAUCAUCUUUUGCAAAGUUUUGGUAAUUUGUAGAU